ACAAGAACAGACUCCUGACUCCCUCUCCCCUCUCUCUCUCUCUCUCUCUCUCUGAAACUAUACAUCAUUUUCUGUUUCAUCGAAAUUAACAAAAGGUUAUGAAUGUGUCCUCGGCCGUGAUAAAUGUACUACUAAAGUGGCAUCAAAACAGAAAUAAAGAACCCGAGAAAAAGCAAAAGCAAGUCAUAGCAGUAAUAGUAGUAGGCAGCAAUUAGCAAGCAAUCCUUUAUUGAACACUUUUUCAGAGCCGGAGAGGGGGAAAACAUCUAAACAGAGCGAGACAGAGAGAGAAACAAAAGGGAGAACAAAGUGCUCGACCUCUCUCACGAGAAUUUACCAGGCUUGAGCGGACAGAAAAGCUCUUCAAUUCUCUGCUCGGAAAACAGCCCAGAUCCAGAUUCAUCCAUACGGAUUAGUAUUCCUUCACUGGUUGUUUUGCUGCAAGAGCUUCAUGUAACAAUACAUGCUGUGAUCCAAAAUGCAAAAAAAUUCUGAAAAAACAGUUCUUUCAGGGCCAACUUCUGUAAGAUCGUAUACGGGCCGAUAUUAUGAGCAACAUUCGGAAGAUUGUGACUCCUCAACACCUGUAAAAACCUGGAAAGGAAAGAACUCUUUGGAGGAUGGGGAAGAACUUAUGCUUGACGUCAUAUCAUUUAAGGGCAGUGGUGACUCAACUGAUGAAAGUGGCCCUAUUUCUUUCUCUGGGGCAAGUCAUCCCCCAGAACCUGUUGAUACUGCUCUUAUGAGACCAGUUUGUGUGUCUAUUGGUCAAAGCAAAUCAGAGGGUAAGUGCUUGGUGAAGAGCCUUUCUAUGAAGGGUCCUUUUCUAGAAGAUCUUUCGAUUCGUGUUCCUGGCUUCAAAGCAAGCCCGUAUAUUCUUUCACCUUCAGAGAGCUUGGUUGAUGAACCAAAUGAUUUGGGUGCAGUGACUUCAUCACCUUCAGUUCAUCGUCCAUCACAAAAUACAGAAACCAAUCUCCUUCCCCCAGUUUCAGAGGAAAAGGAAUGUGUAUGGGAUGCUUCUUUGCCUCCCAGUGGCAAUGUAAGUCCGCAAAGCAGCAUUGCUAGUAGUGGAGUUGCCACAGCUAUGAGCAUUGUCAAUAGCUGCAGUACGUAUGGGAGCGAUUGGGUUAUGAGCGAUGGCAUGCUUAGUGUGGACAGGAACUGUGGAAGUACAAAAGGGAGUGCGCAGGGAGAUUCCUUGGAGAGUUCAAAAACUAGCAUUAGUCGCGCAAGUGAUAGCAGUGGACUUAGUGAUGACAGUAAUUGGAGUAACCUUACUGGGAGUGCCAAUAAGCCUCACAAAGGAAAUGAUCCCAGAUGGAAGGCUAUUCUAGCCAUUCGAGCACGAGAUGGAAUUUUGGGCAUGAGUCAGUUUAGGUUACUCAAGCGGCUUGGUUGUGGUGACAUUGGUAGUGUGUACCUCUCUGAAUUAAGUGGGACCCGCUGUUACUUUGCGAUGAAAGUGAUGGACAAGGAAUCUCUCGCAAGCAGGAAGAAGUUGGCCAGAGCUCAGACGGAAAGAGAGAUUUUGCAGCUGCUGGAUCAUCCAUUCCUGCCCACUUUAUACACUCAUUUUGAGACAGACAGAUUCUCAUGUUUAGUGAUGGAAUAUUGUCCAGGGGGCGAUCUGCAUACACUGAGGCAACGGCAACCUGGGAAACAUUUUUCAGAGUAUGCAGCACGGUUUUAUGCGGCAGAGGUUCUGUUGGCGCUCGAGUAUCUCCAUAUGCUGGGAGUUGUUUACAGGGACCUGAAACCCGAAAAUGUCCUAGUACGUGAUGACGGCCACAUAAUGCUCUCAGACUUUGACCUCUCCCUUAGAUGUGCAGUUUUUCCUACCCUCAUCAAAACCUCCUCAUAUGAUUCUGACCCAUCCAAACGCGCUUUCUGCGUUCAACCGUCUUGCAUUGAGCCUACAUCAUCAUCAGCAUGCAUCCAGCCCACAUGCUUCCUUCCCCGAAUCUUCCCCCAAAUAGCCAAGAGCAAAACCCGAAAGGCCAGACCCGAGCCCGGAUCCCCAGCAACUGCGCCACUAGAGCUCGUUGCUGAGCCCACCGCAGCACGCUCAAUGUCAUUUGUUGGGACCCACGAGUACUUAGCCCCAGAAAUCAUCAAAGGAGAAGGCCAUGGCAGCGCGGUGGAUUGGUGGACGUUUGGGAUUUUCUUGCACGAGCUUCUAUACGGUAAAACACCGUUCAAGGGAACAGGAAACCGUGCCACGCUUUUCAACGUGGUGGGCCAGCAGCUUAAGUUUCCUGACUCACCGGCGACAAAUUACGCAAGUCGGGAUCUUAUUAGGGGACUGCUAGUGAAGGAACCACAACAGCGGCUGGGAGUGAAGCGGGGAGCUACUGAAAUCAAACAGCAUCCGUUUUUCGAAGGAGUGAAUUGGGCUCUGAUCAGGUGCAGCACUCCGCCGGAGAUACCAGGACCCGUGGAGUGUGAGUUGAACGGGAAGUUUGCAGCGGUUGACCCGGUUGGUGUUGGGAGCAAGAGUAAGAGGAUUGUGGGGACGGAGGUGAAGUCUGGAGGUAAUUUUCUGGACUUUGAGUUCUUCUAGGCUCAUCAGCCUUGCAGGGUUUCUAUAGAAUUCAAGUGUUGUGUUGUUUUAGUAUCAUUAGGUGAUUAGGUAAAUCCCAGUGGAGCUUCUUUUCCAUGACCAUAUUGGCUAAUGCAAUUUGAACCAAUUAGCUUAUAAAGGAAAAUUAUGGUUGCAACUUGGAAAUCAUUGCCAAAUUUCUCAGCUUCUGAUGGGAGUUAAAUAGAAUACGGGAAAAAUAUCUGAUGGAUUGCAAACCCCAGGUGUCUGAGGAAAAAACUCGUGCCCCUUGAAUUGGGUUCCUGAUAUUGAAUGAAUUUUAAGAACAAA